AAUCUCACCUGCCAUUGCACCCAAUGUGUUUUGACUACAGGCAAUUUUCGCUUCAGCCAUGAUCCCUGCAACGUGACCGCUGAGCAAGUUGCGGGCUUACUGUACAUACUGUAUGUUGAGCAAAAGCAACAAGAAUUAGCCCUGUAUAUAAGGAAAAAAACGAGAGGUUUGACUUACCCAUGCUAUACGUAGGAGAAGAGGAGCAUAAUUUGUUUAUUUGGGGCCUACCAAAGGUGAUCAGGAAUCAGUGGGUCUGCCAUUGCUAUGAACCGCGUCAUCGCCUUAGACAUGUUUGCCACAAAUGCUUGGGACCGAGCUUCCUUGAUGGUGGAAUUUGGGAUUUUUCUUUUAAACUUGCCAUAAAUGAGAGGUCUUUAGCAGCGUUGGUGGGUGUCUCCCAUUAAAUCACAGAGCUGGAUGUGGGUAUGUUAUAGAGGCUGCCGUGGGGCACUAUAAAAUGCUGAUGGUUUUUCAUGAGGAUUUGCUUUUUUUAAGUGAUGCAUAAUUUAGGAGAACUGAAAAGAGGGGGGAAAUCACUUUUUUUAAAAAAAGCAAGUCCUCAUGAAAAUUCAUCAGCAUUUUAUAGUGUGGAGUUCUCCUAAAUCACACAUCUUUGUAUUCAACUUUUACCCUAGAUGCACAUCUUUGUGAAGCAAUUUUUCCUUACACAAUGCAUUUUUGCACGCUGUUUUCAACAAUCUGUGCAUUUCUUUCUGCACCCUCUACCCUAGUAUAUCCAUUUCUGUGCAUGUUACUUCCUCAGCAGUUUGACUUCACCCCCGAGGCAUACUCCAUUGUCUCACAUUUAAAGGAGAACGUACCAAAUUCACACUUUCCAGAACAAUUCGCAACCGAAAUUUGUCCUUGGAAAUUCAGUUUUCUUAAUUUUGCUGUGCGGUUCCUCAACCAAGUAAUGUGCACCAAAAAAAUACAUAGAUUGUGGUAAAGUGUGCAUUAAAAUGUACAUAACCAAUGAAGAUGACAUCCAAAAAUGUGUUGUGUUGGGAAAAGUCUGCUUUGUAUUUUUAUCAUGGCCUUUUAGCCAAGAAGGCUUUCAGAGUGGCUUGCAAAAAUCACUUCUGCAGGCUCACCAAGACACAGCACAUGAGGAAAAAAGCAACAGGAGGGAGGAGGACAAAGCAAGCUCAAAUUCUUAAAGUUACACUUGCUUAAUGCCAAAGCUGAUUCCGUGGUGGUCCUGGCUGCCUUAAUCAACAACAGUCCCCUGCCCCAAGGGCAAUACAAUAAUAUUUACUUUAAAAAGGUGCCUACCCACCAACCCCUCUUCCAAAUGCAAUGAACCACGAAUAGAGGGGCAGAAGUGACUGUGCAGGGAUAAGUUUCAAGAAACAGGAGCUAUUGCUUUGAAAAUAAUAAGAGCGGCUGACGCUCAUGAGAUUUCUUCCCAGUCUCAUUUCUGGGCAUUCCACGUGCUAGGAUGACCAAGGCCGGUUUUAUCAUCUUAGGGAUGCUGAGCUCUGAUGCUGCAUUUGGAUUACUAUCCCCAGCUGGGCACAUGGGCUACAUAAGACGACAGAAGCUGAUCCACCAGGCACAGCGGUUGGUGGCAUCUACACUGUGAUCCAGACAAAAGCCAAAAUCACAUUGGACGAAUGGGGGGAAAACUACUUCCUCAUCGGCCCUUAUUUUGAGCACAAUGUGAAGACCCAGGUGGAAGUUUGCGAACCUCCCAAUGGAGCUGUGAAAAAGGCAAUGGAAACCAUGAGAACCAGCGGGUGCCAGGUGUAUUUCGGCAGGUGGCUGAUAGAAGGGAGUCCGUAUGUGGUGCUGUUCGAUAUAGGAUCAGCGGCUUGGAAUUUGGACAGGUGGAAAGGGGAGUUCUGGGACGCCAGCCAGAUUGGAAUUCCUUACCACGACCGAGAAGCGAAUGAUGUGCUCAUCUUUGGGUCGCUAACUGCCUGGUUCUUCAAAGAGCUCUCUGAUCAAUUUGAAGACAAGCCCAACAUCAUUGCCCACUUUCAUGAGUGGCAAGCAGGGCCUGGGCUGAUCCUCUGUAGAUCCAGGAAGAUCCCAGUCGCAACCAUUUUCACAACUCAUGCAACCUUGCUGGGAAGGUACUUGUGUGCAGCGAGUAUAGAUUUCUACAACCACCUGGACCAGUUUGACAUAGAUAAAGAAGCAGGCGAGAGGCAGAUAUAUCACCGGUACUGCAUGGAACGGGCCUCCGUGCAUUGUGCCCACGUCUUCACCACAGUCUCUCAGAUAACGGCCAUAGAAGCAGAGCACAUGCUCAAGAGAACAGCUGAUGUCGUCACUCCGAACGGGCUGAACAUCAAGAAAUUCUCCGCUAUGCACGAAUUUCAGAAUCUGCACGCCACCUGCAAAGCUAGGAUCCAAGAGUUUGUUCGGGGCCAUUUCUACGGACAUCUUGAUUUCAACCUUGAAAGGACUUUGUUUUUCUUCAUUGCUGGGAGAUACGAGUUUUCAAACAAAGGAGCCGACAUGUUUUUAGAGGCCUUAUCAAGAUUGAACUUCCUCUUGAGGGUGCACAGGAGCGAUGUCACAGUCGUGGUGUUCUUCAUAAUGCCAGCAAAUACCAACAAUUUCAAUGUGGAAACCCUGAAAGGCCAGGCAGUCCGGAAGCAGCUAUGGGACACUGCGCAUUUGCUCAAGGAAAAAUUUGGCAAAAAGCUCUAUGAAGCACUAUUAAGAGGAGAAAUCCCUGAUAUGAGCAAGAUCAUAGAUCGUGAUGACCUCACCAUCAUAAAACGGGCCAUCUAUUCAACCCAGCGACAGGGACUUCCGCCAGUGACAACCCACAACAUGAUCGAUGAUUCCACAGACCCGAUCCUAAGCACCAUUAGACGCAUUGGCCUUUUCAACAACCGGACAGAUCGAGUGAAGGUGAUCUUGCACCCUGAAUUCCUUUCUUCAACUAGUCCCUUAUUGCCGAUGGACUACGAAGAGUUUGUCAGAGGUUGCCACCUUGGCGUAUUCCCAUCAUACUAUGAACCCUGGGGAUACACUCCCGCUGAGUGCACUGUCAUGGGGAUUCCCAGCGUGACCACAAAUCUCUCCGGAUUUGGCUGUUUCAUGCAGGAGCAUGUGGCCGACCCAGCUGCCUAUGGUAUUUACAUUGUGGACAGGAGAUUCCGCUCCCCAGAUGAGUCCUGCAACCAGCUGACGCAGUUUCUGUAUGGAUUCUGCCAGCAGUCACGUCGGCAAAGGAUCGUCCAGAGAAACCGGACGGAGAGGCUCUCGGACCUGCUGGACUGGCGAUAUCUAGGCAGGUUUUAUAUGCAUGCUAGGCACUUGGCCCUUAGUCGGGCGUUUCCUGAAAAAUUCAUGCUGGUACCAAAUGCUCCACCAAAGACGGAAGGAUUUCGGUACCCGCGCCCGCCGUCAGUGCCCCCCUCGCCCUCCGUCUCUCAGCACAACAGCCCCCACCAAAGCGACGAAGAGCUCGACGAGGAGGAGGAUGAAAGAUACGACGAAGACGAAGAGGCUGAGAGGGACAGGCAGAACAUAAAGGCCCCUUUUUCCCUCAGUGCUGUGCCGGAUGGGAAGAAGAAGCAGCACGGAGAAUAUAGGAACUGAUGCAGCGCCCCUUUGCUUGUGGCAAACGGUUGCUGCCAAUCCUGCUUGUACACAUGUUACCUUAAAGUUGGGUACGACCUGAUCUAAGGGGAAUGUGGAAGAAUCCGGUGGGAGCUAGAUAUCUGAAAUACCUCGAAUCCCCUGCCCUCUUUCCUCUAUUAUAAAUAGUUCUGAUGGUGCAUCUCCCCCUUCUCUCGUUCUCUCCCCCCCCCUUUGGCAGUAGAAGAAAUAAUUUAGAAGCAUGUGUCAAACUGUAUGCUGGCUUUUUAAACCCCUAACCCUAAUAUCUUGGCACUGAAGGAAAGGAGAGGGGGGUCAAAGUGCCCCCUAUCACCUGCAAAGUUGGCAGGGAAAGAACAGCGACUGUUCUUAGAGCUGCUACUCAGCCUGCUGCUAUUUUUCAAUUUGGUGCGAUGCAAGUAAAUCCGGUUUGUCUCCUUCAGCUGCAGAUACAGGGCCGGCCCUGUCAUUGGGCAAAGUGAAGCAGCAGUUGCUAGAGAGAAAGGGAUUAGGGGCAAAGCUUUGGCUAGAGCUGUGUGUCCCAACAUGGCCUGGUCUGCUCCUUCGAAAUUUAUCUUUCUGUCUCAUUGAUGGGGUUGAAGUAAGAUUCGACUGGUAGUCUGGUCAGGUCCCUGAACAUGGAAUUUGGGGGAGCGGAAAACACAUCUUGCUCUUCGCCUCAGUCAGCCAAAUGCCUUGGAAGGGCCAUUCACAGAUUAAAAACCCCAACCCUCCCCCAUCAGUCCAAAGCUGGUUCAAGUACAGUAUCUUUUUGAGCACUAGUCCCUGUUAUCAGAGAAGACUUCAAGCACUCUUGAAGGUCAAUUUUCAGACCUAUUGCAAUGAAUAAAUUUUCAGCUUUCUGUCUGUUGUGGAACUCCCUUAAGAACUUUGAGGCUCUCAUUUGUGAGUCAGUGAGGUCCAAACAUCAUUAUGUAUGUCCAAUACAUAUUUUUUUUUCAAAAUUGGUAGCAGGCUUAGACCCGCUUAUAAAAGUGAGGGUUGUUUUUUUUUUUGCCUAUCUCUCCCAAAGUUUUGUCUAACAGGCACAAU